CAAGCAAUCAUAAGGAAUGUUGCGCUACUAGAGCAGUGCUUGGGCCGGAUGUUACUGGGACAAAGCCUCUCCCUUGGGACAUCUUUCUGCUUGCAGCUGUUCCAGGCCGCAAAGAGGGCUAAGGGUGUGCAAGAAGUUGGUAAGGCUGGUAGCUAUCUGAUGCUAGUAUUAUCUGUGCUGUUUAUGUACUGCUGGUUCGGGGACGAUCUUAUUUCGGAGAGUGAAAAAGUGGCGCUCUCGGCAUACAACGCAGUGCCGUCACUGGAGGAAUGCCCCACGUCCACCAAACGGUCCCUGCUGAUUCUAAUGCACAGAGCCCAGCAGCCACUACGUGUAACUGCUGGUGGCUUCUUCUCUCUCUCCAGGGAGUCAUUGGUGUCGGUUUUAAAUGUGUCUUAUUCAUUCUUCACAAUUCUUCGUAAUUUCAAGGAUGAUUAGAAGUGUCUGACGUCUGCCUGCAAUGUUCCUGCGGCUAAGUUAAUUUCCUA